AUGGCAACUAGGAUAAUUCUGGGUGCGAAACGCUUCUUCUUGACUCCCGACUGCGUGGCGUACUGCGAGAACGACUUCGUUCCCGACUGCGUAAUCGUUCUCGUUGAUGGCUACGUGACCGACCUUGUCGAUGGCUGGGGACACGGAGAUGGUAAAGAUGCCUGCUUCGAGAUUCGCUGCAUUGUCCGGUGCGACGCCGGCUCGGCUGCC